AGCAUAGCGCACACGGCCUCACAGCUCACAGCUACAAAAUCUCCACCCAUCCCAGCAUCCCGUGCCCGCCACUCAUCGCUCCCUCCUCUCAUCCCCUCCUCCUCCUCCCAUGGCCUUCUCCCCGGCCACCACCGCCGCAGCCACGGCGGCGGGCGCCAUCACAUUCACCUCCGGCCGCGUCGCGAGCUCGCCGCCGUCCUCGCUGUCGUCGCCGUUCCUCCCGCGCGCGGCCGGCGCGAUCGUCGCGAGGAGGGGGCGCGCCGGUGCCCGCGCGGCGUCGGCCGUGCCGGUGCGCGCGCAGGCCGCCGGGGCCGCGAAGAAGAAGGUGCUGGUCGUCAACACCAACAGCGGGGGCCACGCGGUCAUCGGGUUCUACUUCGCCAAGGCGCUCCUCGCGGCCGGGCACGACGUCACCCUGCUCACCGUCGGCGACGAGGCCUCCGACAAGAUGAAGAAGCCGCCCUUCUCCCGCUUCUCGGAGCUGACCAGCGCCGGGGCCAAGACGGUGUGGGGCGACCCGGCGGACGUCGGCGCGGCCGUCGGCGCUGCGUCCUUCGACGUCGUGCUCGACAACAACGGCAAGGACCUCGACGCCGUCAAGCCGGUGGCGGACUGGGCCAAGGCGGCCGGGGUCGGCCAGUUCCUGUUCAUCAGCAGCGCCGGGAUCUACCUCCAAACCGACGAGCCGCCGCACGUCGAGGGGGACGCCGUGAAGGAGAGCGCCGGGCACGUCGGCGUGGAGAAGUACAUCGCGGCGGAGUUCGGCAGCUGGGCCUCGUUCCGGCCGCAGUACAUGACCGGCUCCGGCAACAACAAGGACUGCGAGGAGUGGUUCUUCGACAGAAUUGUGCGGAAGCGGCCGGUGCCGAUCCCGGGGUCGGGGAUGCAGCUGACCAACAUCUCGCACGCGAGGGACCUGGGAAGCAUGCUCACGCUCGCCGUGGAGAACCCGGACGCCGCCGCCGGGAAGAUAUUCAACUGCGUGAGCGACCGCGGCGUGACGCUCGACGGCCUGGCCAAGAUGUGCGCGGCGGCCGCCGGCGCCACCGUCGAGAUCGUCCACUACGACCCGGCCGCCGUCGGCGUCGACGCCAAGAAGGCCUUCCCCUUCCGCAACAUGCAUUUCUACGCGGAGCCUCGGGCGGCCAAGGAGGUGCUGGGAUGGACGAGCACCACCAACCUGCCGGAGGACCUCAAGGAGCGGUUCGCCGAGUACGCGAGCAGCGGCCGGGGGGAAAAGGCCAUGACCUUCGACCUCGACGACAAGAUCCUCGCCGCCGUCGGGGCAGCGCCGGUCAGCGUCGCCGCCUAGGCGCGCGUGUUCGUUCUUCGAUGCACGGCAGCGGGAAAACCAUUUUGAAAACACAGACGCCGGAUUAUAUCACACAGAUGACAAUAAGCACAUCUAAUCAAGUUCGGGAAAACAUUUUUCUUCUUUUGGAACGUGUGAGUUACAUCAUGCAAGUAGCUGAAUCAGAUAUCUGAAUAUCUGUUCACUGCUGCAUAUUUUGCUCACUGCCAAUCCGUUGUGAUUAUAAUACAGACGAAAGGUUCAAAUGGGGGAAAAACAGAGGGGAUAUAAGCAACCACACGGCAGAUAUGUUAUUUUGCUUAUUAUGUUGUCACACUUCUUAAAAUGUGAUAGUUUUGUGGACAAACCCCAAUUGUGAUAGCUUUUUUGUUAAAUACUCAGUGAAAGGGUGUGUUCAAUA